AUAACCUCACAUAAUGUGCGAGAAAUGUCAAAAAGAGUCAACAAUGUUUGUAAAUACUACAAAUAAAACACUAGCUGUUGUUCAAUUUGGACACCGCAGAUUAAGCGCAAUAGCAACAAAAGUUAAUAUCCAAGAACAAUGUAGAGUUAAUGCCUGGCAAGUCCAUUCCUAUGGGGACAUAAAUGAACUACAACGCGGAAACAUCCGAAUGCCACAAAUUCGUGAACCCAAUCAACUACUAAUUAAUGUAGAAGCUGCCUCAGUUAACCCUAUAGACAUUUUUAUGUUAGCGGGUUAUGGCAAAACAUUAAUGCAAAUUCCAAGAAAAUUUGAAAUGGAAUUACCCUUAACUCUGGGAAGAGAUUUUUGCGGAACUAUCAUCUAUAAAGGGCCAGGAGUAGGGAGUUCGUUUAGUAUAGGCGACAAAGUAUACGGAUUUGUACCCAUUCAUAAACAAGGUAGCUUUUCUGAGGUGAUAGUUGCCGAUAAUGAUCAUAUUUGCAAACAACCAAAGACUCUUAGUCCUGUUGAAAGCACAUCUCUAGUUUAUGCUAGCAUGACGGCGUGGUCAGCACUAUAUCUUUUUGGUAAUUUGGUAAUGAAAGGAGCAAAAGGUUCACGGAUAUUAAUACUGGGUGCUUCUGGUGGUGUCGGUACUGUGGCAGUCCAGUUAUUAAAAUCACAAAAUGCCAUUGUCCAUGGCACAUGCUCCAAGGAUGCCAUUCCUUUAGUAACAUCCCUUGGAGCUGACUGUGUUUUUGACUACAGAGACCCAGAUUAUUUAAAAAAUAUUGAAAAAGAAGGCUUUUAUCAUAUAAUACUAGACUGCGCAAAAUUCGGUUAUGAUAAUAUCCCAAAAACAUGGAAAUAUGGAACUUAUGUAACUUUAAAUUCACCCCUUUUAAUUAAUGCAGAUAAAUAUGGUUUAGUUAGAGGAUUGAUAAAUAGCGCGGGUACAUUUCUGCAACAGAAUUUGAAACCUCCCAGUGAAAAAAAGUGCGUGAUGUGGGGGUUUUUUACACCCUCUGGGAAUGGCUUUCGUUUUAUAGAUAAACUUAUUAAAGAUGGAAAGAUUCGACCAUUGAUCCACAAGGAGUUUAAAUUUGAUGAUUUACCAUGUGCAUUUGAAGAACUGAAAAAGGGUCACAUGCGAGGGAAAAUCGUUGUUACGUACUAAUGUUAUGUAAUAUUUAUUACAAUUUGUACUGAAACUCGUGAUAAUAAAAAUAACAACUAUUCACAAA